GCUUUAGAGUUCUCAAAGAUGCUAUGACUGACUUGUGGGAGCCUGUGGGCGGCUCGGGGAACCAUGCGUGCCGCGGAGACAACGCAUCCGACAACGAUCCUCGUCAUUAUGUCGUCCACAAGAUCUAUUCUCUCGAAGAAUGCAAGCUCAAGUGCAUGGACCUGGACCGGGGUGAUUGCAGGGGCAUUGAGUACAGCCACGGGCGCUGUGAGAUUUGGACCCGAGCGUUCGGAAUCUUUGCUUAUGCAGAGAUCCCCGUGGAGAAGGCGGACUUUACUUGCUUGCGAUAUGGCUGGCCUACCAGUAAGCUGGGCCCUGCGGAACCAAGCACAUCUCAUCCCUGCCGCUACAGAUCACCGGACGACGACGACCCGAGACACUACGACCUGCUUCCUUCAAAGCAUCCGUCACUGGAGGAGUGCAAGGCUGCUUGCACAGGGUACAGAGGCGGCAAUUCCUGCACAGGCAUCGAGUGGUCUCCGGGGCGCUGUGAAGUUUGGACAUCUCCCAUCGGCAGUUUCGAUCCGACAGUCACCGGCUUCACAUGCAUGAAGAUGGGCGCGGAUGCUUCCCGCAAAGAAUGGAGCCCUCCCUGGUAG